AUGUUCGUGACUGACUGGUCGUCGACAGCAUUCAUAGCCGCUGCCACAAUGGAUGGCUCCUCAUUCAAGAAGAUCAUCACCGAACGGAUAACUUGGCCGAAUGCUGUAACCGUCGAUAUUUAUGCUGAUAAAAUAUAUUGGGCUGACGCCUACAAUGACGUUAUAGAGGUAGCCGCGCUGGAUGGGUCUGGUCGUCGUACCAUCAUAUCCGACUCUGGUACCGUACCUCAUGUCUUCGCCCUUUCUAUAGCCGAUGAUCUACUUUACUGGAGUGACUGGACAUACAGGGGUCUACUACGAGCAGACAAGCUAACCGGAGACAAUGUUACGGUCGUAGCUCAAACGGCUUUGCUACCUUACGGACUGAAGAUCUUCCAUCCUUCUGUGCAGCCACACUGUAAGUUAUUGAUUUGUAGUUACAACUUACUUAGCGAAUAA